CGAUCAUUUCCGCGAGCACGCCAGCACAAUCGACACAAAUGGCGACGACAGAGCGAAAGAAACUAGCAGAUUUACGCGUUGUUGACCUGAGAGCUCAGUUAGAAAAGCGGGAUCUAGAUAAAAAUGGAGUUAAAGCUGUACUUUUAGAAAGACUGCAGAAGGCUUUAGAGGAAGAAGGCCAGGAUACUGAAACAAUAGAAAUUGAAGUUGGAGAUUCACCGGUCCCAAAGAAAACACCAACGUCUGCUAGAAAGACUCCAUUAAGAAGUAAAAAUGAUGGUGAGUCAGAAAAAGAAGAUACCUCUGAGGACAAGAAUGGUGAUGACAUGGAAGACUUUGAAAAUGAAGAGGCAGAUAAUGGAGAAGACCAGGCACCUGAAGAGAUGCAAGAGGACAAUGGUCCAGAUAGUCUUGAGGAAGAAGAGCUGAUGGAGGUCACAGACUGUGAUUUUAAUGAAGACAAAGCCCACGAAGAAUGUAGUCCGCCUGCAACAGAGACUCCUGUUGAGUCUUCUAAUACAGAGCCAACAAUAGAGUCAACAUCAGACUUGCCGCUAGAUACCAACACCCCUGACACUGAUGCUGGUCUGAAAACUGAACCAGAAAAGGAGGCUGUCCCUGCAAUUCUCAAUUCUUCAUCAGAGAAGGAAAUGAUACACGUUGACGAAGUUAAAGCAGAAAAUUAUGUAGCAGUUGAGAAGACUUCAGAAGAUAAAUCACUUUUAGUAAGUGAAAAGACUGAAAUAGAGCCAGUGAAAAAUAAGGACACUAGUGCUGCUGUGGAAGAACGGGCAACAGAACCAAAGGGAACAGAGGAAAAGACAGAGGGAGCUAAGGCUGAUGGGGACAAUGAAUCAUUGGAGGUACUGGUGGAUGACACCCAGAAUGACUUAGAUGCAGACCUGCAGAAGAGUGAGAGUUCAGAUACCAAGACUUCUGAAGAGAUCUCAGAACCAAAGGCAUCCACAGAGGGAGAUGCUGGCAGCAAACCAGGAGAUUCCUCCUCAAAAACUGGCGACGGUGAGAGUAAGCCUGAUGAAAAGAAACUGGACGAUAAGAGCGCUUCUAAAGAUACAAAGAAAGAUGAUAGAAGUAGUAGUCGCAAUCUCUGGGUAAGCUCCCUGUCAUCUUCAACCAGGGCCACAGAUCUCAAGGCUUUGUUCAGCAAAUAUGGCAAGGUUGUUGGUGCAAAGGUAGUGACAAAUGCCAGAAAGCCUGGUUCCCGAUGCUAUGGCUUUGUGACCAUGUCUUCUGCUGAGGAGGCAGCCAAAUGCAUCCAGCAGCUGCAUCGCACUGAACUCCAUGGAAAGAUGAUCUCAGUUGAAAAGGCAAAGAGUGACCCUGGUUCUGCUGCACCAAAGGGCCAGCCUGUGAAAAAGCCUGAGCCAAGGAAACCGGAAACCAAGCCUACCACACCCAUUAAAAAGGAAGAUGACAAAGAAGUUAAGGAAGGAGAUGUCAAAGAUGAUAAAGACAAGAAAGAAGUGGAAAAGAAAGAGGAAAAGAAAGAGGAGAAAAAAGAAGUCCACCCCCGUUCCCAGCAUGAUAGAGACCGCCAUGGGCGUGACAGAGGUAGAGGAGGCCGAAGCUAUGGAAAUCGUAGCUAUGACUACCGAAGGGGCCCUCACUCUCGCAGGACACCACCUCAUCGGAGGAGACCAAGCAGUCGAGACAGGAGACCUGACAAAGAUGAUGUACCAACUGCAGAUGGCAAGGACAAGGCCCGCACAGUGGUGAUGGACAAGUCCAAGGGUGAGCCCGUGAUCAGUGUGCCAGGAGAUGAGAAGACAAAAGAAGACAAGCCAACUGUGGAGGGUGACGCAGCCGCAACCAGUUCUGAGAUUAAGGAGGGGGAAGUACAGCCCAAAGUGGAGGCAGAUGCCCCGAAAACAGAGGGUGAAACUGUGGAGAAAAAAGAAGGCAACGAAUCUACUAAGACCAAGUCGCGAUCCAAAUCCCGCACACAUGGUGGUCACAGCUCAGACAGAUCAAAGCAGGAUGACCGGGAGCGAGAGAGGCUGCGUAACUUGGAGCAGAGAAUGCGUGAGGAAGAGAGACGUCACAGGCGAGAUAUGAUCAACGAGCGUCGCAGGCAACGGGAGAUGGCACAGAAACAAAGAAUGGAGGCCAUGAAACUGUCGCGUGAAAGAGAAAGACUUAAGCGUGAACGUGAGCUCUUGGAGAAAGAGCGUCUAGAGGCAGCACGUCUUGAGAGGCUCAGACUGGAACAGAUAGAAAGGGAGAGGUUGGAGAGAGAGCGCGAGGAGAAACGCAGGCUGGAACAACUCCGGAUACAAGAAGAACAGCAGAGAAGAGCUGCUAAAAGAACAUAUGAAUCUCGUGAUAGGGACAUUUAUUGGGAUGCUAAGAGGCCAGCUUUGAAUGACAGGAAUUACACUGACAGGUUGGAUCGUAGUAGAGAUGCAGGGGCAGGUGGGGGGAGAUUCGUUGAGAGGGUACCUGCUGCAGACACCAUGGUGGAUAGUCGCCGUGUGGUGGACAGGGGCUUUGACCGCAAUGACCGUGUGGAUCGUGGUGGCCGUGCUGCUGACCUGCCUGUGCGGGGGGCUAGGGAUGAUGACCACAGGGAUGUUGGCCGUCGUGAUGACCGGGCACCCUUGCCUGCACGAGAUGACCGAGGGGCUAGAGACCAGCGCUCGGACAGAAAUGCUCCUGUGCGUGACCGUGGGGCAGAGCGGAUGGAUAGAGGUGGAGCUACAGGCCGCAAUGAUCGCAGCAUGGACCGUGGGCAGGACCGUGGAGGGCCGGUGAGGGAUGACCGGAGGGACAGUGGCUCCAACUUCCGGGACGGAGCCCGCGAUGUCAGGGACAGACCCAUGGACACAUCUCAUGGGAGACAGCACGGCGGCAGAGACACCAGAGCUGACUUCAGGGACAAUAACAUGGGCAGAGACCAUAGAGAUGGUCGUGGCACGCAGGGUGGGGGUGUAUCGCAGGGGGCAAGGACUGACUCUUGGCAGGGGCAGGGUAGAAGCAGCAGCCAGGGGGUUCAAGACAGGGGACGGGACUCUAUUGGAAAGGGUUUCUCAAGGAACCAGACUGGAACAGUACUAAAAAGCAGUGGCCCUGUUGGAGGGUCCAACUCUGCAGGUGGUUGGGGGUCAGGCACACAGCGGUCAGACCCUGCGCCCCUGGCAAGGCAGCCAGACAGGUGGGCAGGCAGCUCCAUCGUGCAGCAGGAUCCUCGUCCCAUCGCUUACCAGGCCGUCAACGCACCCCCAAUCAUAGGCACCGUCCCUACUGGGAUGUACGUAACCACCUCCAUGGCCCCAGGGGCUGCCCUCAUGAUGGCCCCGACUCUACAGACUCGCACACAGGACCAGAGAUUUGAUGCCUACAAAGCCAUGGGAGCUGGUCUUAGGCGCUACUGAAUAUGGGACUAGUUGUACAUCUUAGAAACUCAAAUAGAUGGUGUUUAGUGAGAUUCACCUACUAUCAUGUGAUGGUGUAUUAAAUCAGUCUUCAAUCAUGUGAAGUUGGUGUAUUAAAUCAUGUCAACAUUUAUUUUGAAACUGUUUAUAUAUUACUUUCAAGAUAAUCAUGCGCUUUUUAUUCUCAUAUGUGAAUAUGAUGCUCUUUGUUGUAUGAAUAAAAUAAAGUCAACGUUU